CAAAAGGGUGCUUCUGCGCGGGCUUGGCGGCCGGAGAUUAUCAGCCGGCGAAUAACAAGAUCAACUGAACUCAACUAAGUAAAUAGUUGGGCGAGAAACGGUUCUGUCCCUCUGUUCAUCAGACAAACCUACAUCGACCUCGGGUCUUCUAGCUGUCCUUGUCGCCAAUUCUCCGGCAUCCAUCAAACUGACGUUUCAGUUCUACCGUUCUCUUUAAUACCACAGUUGCGCACUCCCCUCCCUCCAUCCAUCCAUCCAAUGACCCCCGAACACCGUGAUGUCCCCGGCCAGACACCGGACAAUGUGAGCACGGUGUCGCGCGCUCGAGACUUCUUCUCCGUUCCGGCACCAAUCAAGCGCAUCUUCGACCGUUUCCCCCUCGUCACCUACCCCUCCAAUGAUCUCCCGCACAGCGCAUGGUCCGACAAACGUGGCAAUCGACUGUAUGUUUUCACCGAUGCCGCAAGUGCCAGGCAUGGCAGACCGUCGUUCAACCCGCAGUGUCUCAAGUGGCAGGCAUACUUAAGAUUCGUUGGGAUCGACGUCGACGUGAUUCCUUCUAACAACCAUGCAUCUCCCUCUGGCGCCCUUCCUUUCCUAAUCCCCGCCCACCCCAUCAACAACAACGCCCCUAUUCCUUCCAGCAAGCUCCAAAAAUGGGCCAUCGAGCAAGUUCACUGCGAAGAGGAGCAGCAGUUGGAUCUGCGUUUCGAGGUAUAUGCGUCGUUGCUGGACCACCGGAUACGAAAUGCUUGGCUAUAUACCCUAUACCUGGAUCCCGAGGAAUUCGAGGCCGUUGCUCGACCUUUAUACGUGGACCCGUCUAGUACGAAUUCCGCCGUGCGGACCGCUCUCGCGCUGCAGCUCCAGCAAGCUGCCCGGACAGAGAUCCUAAAAACAUCAUCUUAUAUCGAUGUGGGCGCCUUGGAGGCCGAGGCUAACGACGCAUUCGAGGCACUGUCUACGUUACUGGGCGAUAACCUGCACUUCUUUGACCGACCGAAUCCGGGUCUGUUCGAUGCUAGUGUUUUCGCAUACACGCACCUGAUCUUGGAGGAGAAGCUAGGGUGGCAACGGAACCGGCUGGGACAAUUGCUGCGCCAACACGAGAACCUUGUACAACAUCGUGACAGACUCCUCAAAUUCUUCUAGACGGAUGGAUUUGUGAAAGAAUCCUCUAAUUUUACUGUACAAUAACAACUUAUAUGUGUCAAUGCUACCCAACUAGAAUCGGAACAGGCCUCCGCCUUGAAGGAAAUCCGUCACAGUCUUAUACCCCGAUCAACCCGUUUGGACAAGAUCCGG